AUGGCCUUGAAACCUGACGAUGCCAGCAGUGGGUUCCAGCACAACAAUGUUGUGGCCUUCAUCAAUGAGAAGAUGGCCGGGCACACAAAAGGCCCUGAGUUCUACCUCGAGAAUAUAGCCCUGUCCUGGGAGGCGGUGGAGAACAAGCUCAGGGACAUCCUAGACGACAACGCGGUGCCCAGUGAGGCCAAAGAUGCCUGUGCCUGGAGCAGCCUGGCCCUAGGUAUGCGCUUUGCCAGCAGGCAGAGCCAGUUACAUGGGCGCAGGGUGCACUGGCUGCAGAACUUCACCAAACUGCAUAAGUCCGCUGCACAGGCCUUGGCCUCAGACCUAAAGGAGCACACAGCGCAGCAGGAGAUGGAGCGCAGGGAGGCAGCCUUCAGGCUGCGGCAGACACAAGCAAACCUGGCAGAGAUGCAAAAGGAAAGGGACCUCCUGAGGUGGAAGCUCCUCCGGGCUGAGCUGGAGACUCCACGGAAGCGGGAGUGGGUCCAGGUCACAGAGGAAUCAGAUCUAGCCACUGCCAGUGGGGCUGAAACAGAAGGAGCACACAAGGAGGAAGAGGAGGCAGGAGCUGCUGCUACUUCUGCUACAGCUGCUGGCACCACAGGAAGAGGAAGAAGAAGACAAAAGGAUGUGGAAGGAACAGAGGCCACCAAGAAGCUGGGCAGAGGCUUUGUGCAACCUCCUGGAGGAGGAGCAGAAAAAUUACACCUCUGGUGGGCAGAGGGAGGGAGAUCUCAGGUCAGUGGAAACAACCAUGUUUUAUUUCCCUGGAACCCUCCAGCCUGCAUCCAGAGUCUCACCAUCACCCCUUCCUGUCCAGCUCCCUGCUUCAUUCACAUACUCCUACUCAUGCCCCUCAUCCCCCUUUCUACCUGCGCCCACACCAUCCCCACCAGAAGCAACAUGCACAGCAGGAGCUCCAUCUCCGACAUCUCCCCACUGGAAGCCCUCUGA